AUGAAUUAUAUGGCUUAUGAUUAUGAUCCCCAACAUUCGUUGGAAACGUCCUUUAACAAUUUGGGGUUUCAUCCACAACAACAGUCACAACAGCAAGCCUUAUACGAAGCUACUGAAAGAAAUGAUGCCAGAUCAGGAUUAAUGAACCCUUUAUCGCAGACAAAUAAAUUGAAUAAUACCAUGAUUCCUCAGGGUUCAUCGGCUAGUCCAUUAACAGGUCAACAUAGCUUGAACAAUGCGGCAAGCUUCAACAUGUCUGCACCAAUGAAUACCUAUAAUUACCAGAAUGUACCCCAAGCACCUUUGAGGAACUCUCUCAAUAAUAAUAUCAUGAAUGGGGCAACUGCUAAUGAUUAUUGGCUGGAUCCAAUGAAUAAUAUGACAAACAACAAAGAUACUAAUGGAAAUCCUAAUGACUCAAUGUCUUCGAUGUCUAACAUGACUACUAAAACUUCAAUUAAUGGUGUGGCAUUUAAGAAUUCCUUUGUUCCUUUUAAUCAUGUGACAGCGCUCUCAAUGAAUAAUAUCAAUAGCAGUGAAUUAAAUUCGAAUAAAGAUAACAGAACAGAAGCAUUAGAGGUUGAACUACAGAUAAAGGAGAGUCAAAUUGAAUCAUUAGAGAAUGAAAUCCAGAGGUUAAAGAAAGUAUUCAAUGAAGGCUUAAGCUAUAAGCAAAAUGAAUAUAAGUACGCGAAGGAGCACUCCCAUAUACCUCAAACUUUUGAAUUGCCAGCUUCAUUGGAAGUUAUAUUUAGAAAGUUAUCAUCUUCACUGCGUGUAAAGGAAAAGGAGUUAGCAGAAACGAAGGAAAAUUUGGAAAGUAUACUAACUGCACUAGCUUUAAAUCCAACAAAUUCAGUGACCAAGUACGGUAGGUAUGAUGCAGAAUCGAUUGCUCAUAAAAUGGUGGUAAGGUUAGAGAACCUAACCAGUGAAAACAAAGAAAUGGCCAAGAUGUUAGCAUAUGGAAGAUCAAAAGAAACUCAAAUUGAACUGCAGCUGGCUAAGAAAGAGAAUAUAGAAUUAAGAGAAAAAAUUGCCUCUUUGGAGGCUCACUUGGCUUUGAAGGAAUCUUCAAAAGAAAAUGUUGCUAAUUAA